UACUUGUAGUAGUGUGGAGUAACCGGCCCGCGAAACAAAUGUUAUUCUUGCAUAAGAGAUUCCCGUACUGAUCCCCUUUCUCGGGCCCAGGAUGAGCCUAUCCCCAUCAACGGGUGAUUUUGGCGGCUGCCGCUUACUAUGCCUGACAGUCAGUAUACUCGUCAUUGGAUAAAGCAGAACGGAGUAGAGCUCCUGGACUUUACUUGCGCCCCGAUUAUCGGACAAGAAAUGAUCGUACUCCAUAUGACGGAGUAUCGCAACACGACACAAACAAUCUGAGGAUGGCUACUUAAGGGGUCGAGGUGCAGAAUAGAAUGAACAUCUCCCAUUCUCUACUUCACUCAUUCAUACCUGCAAUGUCAACGUCACCUCGCAUAGUUGCGGUGUUUGGAGCCACCGGAACUCAAGGCUCAUCCAUGGUACAGGCCCUACUAGCAGAUGGUACAUUUGUACCGCGUGCAAUCACCCGAAACUGCAGUUCGGAGAAAGCGUUAAAACUAAAGAGUUUUGGUGCCGAGGUUGCACAAGCCGAUUUAUGGGACAUCGACUCGUUGAAGCAAGCCUUGUCCGGUGUUGAGGCUGUCUAUGGAGUCACCGACUAUUAUGAUCCCAAGAACGUCGCUCAAGGUCACAACAGCGAAAUGCUACUUGGCAGGAAUCUCAUUGACGCUGCCAAAGCAACGGAUGUCAAGUACUUCAUUUGGAGUUCUCUUCCGCACUGUACAAGGGUAUCUAACGGGAAGUAUGCAAAUGUUUACCACUUCGACAACAAAGCCAACGUGGAUGACUAUCUCCGAGAAUCCGGUGUACCCCAUUCUAUCUUAUACACCGGCUGGUUUUCGGAGAAUCUCUGGAAGUACAACAUUCUUGCGCCCGUGCCGGAUUCCGAUCGCCUGGAACUAACCGUGGCCAGAUAUGACGCUCAAUCUCCUCAGUAUUUUACGUGGGUCGAGCGGGACCUUGGCCAUGCAAAGUUGAACUACACUCAAUUUGCAUCGAUCCUCCAGCAGGCGCUGGGGAAACCGGUGUCUUUUGUGUCCUCACAGACCACAGGAAUGCAGGAAAUGGACGACAUGUAUGCUUUUCAGUCCGAAUUUGGACUAUACCCGGAUACCGCUAUCCCUGAUCCACGAUUAAUCAAUUUAGGAGUAAAGUUCCACACUAUGGAGGGAUUUAUUCAGGAAAUUCAAGGCAGAUAUGCUUGAAUCUUAUCUCGAACAAAGAUCGUUGUUUGCUUGUCAAUUAUUCGUUACCAAGACCAAUUUAUGAUUGAUCGUGCAAUAACCUGCAGGAGCGCAUACGUUUACUUGCACCCACACAGUCAAAUGACGCCCAAAUAGACAUGAUCA